ACGUUAUCACGUCAAAAAAACUAUCUUGUCUGUAAAAUGCUUUGACAUAUGACAAAAUUGACAAACAACCAAAGCAAGUGGGUUAUCGUAUCGCAAUUUCUACUGCUCCUAUAAUAAAAUCGUAGAGAACUUAAUAAAACAAAUAUUUAAUAAACUAAGUGAUGUGCAGUGUUAAGAUUUAAACACCAAUUAAAACCAACACAAUGGCCGAUAUUCGCGAUAUUCUGGAUAUCGAACAACCAGCCUCCGAGAUCACUCGCGAGAGCAUAAUUCAUGGGGAUAAGAUCAAGAAGAAGUAUGUGACCGCUAAGGCCGUGAAAAGGCCCGAGGGAAUGCACAGGGAAGUGUUUGCAUUGCUCUACAAUGAUAACAAGGAGCUGCCGCCUCUAUUACCCACUGAUACGGGUAAAGCUUACAAGCAAACAAAAGCCAAGCUGGGCAUGCGAAAAGUGAGAAAAUGGACAUGGGCACCGUUCACUAAUCCUGCUCGUAAGGAUAAUGCAGUUUUCCAUCAUUGGAAGAGGGCUUCUGAUGAGGCUAAAGAUUAUCCUUUUGCACAGUUUAAUAAGCAAGUAUCAAUCCCGUCAUAUUCAGAAUCUGAAUACAACCAAUAUUUGAAAUCUGAAGACUGGAGUCAAGCAGAGACAGAUCAUUUGAUGGAUCUGUGCCAGAGAUUUGACCUGCGAUUCAUUGUGAUUCAUGACCGAUGGGACAGAGCAGCGUUCAGGGAUCGAAGCGUUGAAGACUUGAAAGAACGUUACUACCACAUCUCUGCUACUUUGGGGAAACUAAAAACUAAUCCAUGGUCUAAUGCUGUGACAACUGUUAACGGAGAGAAAAGAACUUACCACUAUGAUGCUGAGCAUGAAAGAAAGAGAAAGGAACAGUUACGCAGAUUGUUCGACAGGACACAGGAGCAGAUCGAUGAAGAACAAAUGUUGAUUGUGGAGCUGAAAAAGAUAGAAGCCAGAAAGCGAGAGCGAGAACGCAAAACUCAAGAUCUCCAAAAACUUAUAUCCAGAGCAGACAGCGGAGCUGUGGCUGGUGCUAACCAGACUCCGACCGCUGAAGCCAAUGCUCCUGCCAACACGCCUGCCAAUAUUGCCAGACGCCAUGAUAGGAAACUGCACAAGAAGAAGCUAGCUUCACAGCAAAGACCCAUACGCACUGUGGAGACAGUUACCGUGGAGUGGUCCGGAAUCAAGUUUCCGGAGGCGCGUGGCACCGGCGUGUGGCUGCGCUCGCAGCGCAUGAAGCUGCCCCCGGGCGUCGGCCAGCGGAAGACCAAGGCCAUCGAGCAGGAACUCAGGCUUAUGGGCAUUGACAUUGCACCUACUCCGACUGAGGCAAUAUGCAAGCACUUCAAUGAGCUGCGGUCUGAUAUAGCUCUGGCUCUGGACUUGAAGAAUGCCCUGGCAUCAUGCGAAUUUGAUUUGCAAGCCCUGAGACAUCAGUAUGAAGCCCUGAAUCCAGGAAAGACUUUAACCAUACCAGCGUCUAUCUGCAAUUCAAACACUGAUAAUGAGACCAAACCCACAGGUGAAAUUAUUGAUGUAGUGGGGUCUCCGGGCACGCCUAAUACCUCUGUUUAAAGUAACAAGCAGUAUUUCUAUUAAUUAUAAAGAUUGUGUAUUAAAUCUUAAGGCGAAUUAAUA